AUGCUACUCUUGCUGGCCCUGCUGGGGGCUGCCCUGCUGGGGGCUGCACUGCUGGGGGCUGCCCUGCUCUCCUGGAAGCGUGCCCCAGCCCGGAAUAAGAUCCCUAGGGCACAGAAGCAUAGAGAGAUGGCGCUGAAGCAGAUGGAGGCCCUGGCCCAGCGUCUCCGGCAGCAGGAGCCAGACCUGGACCCCAAGCCCAUCCUGGAGCUGCCCCUGGUACAGCUGGCCCAGAAGCUGCGGGAUGAAGAGCUGAGUCUGGAGAGUGUCCUCUGUAGCUACUUAGAACAGGCGCUGAAGGUGCACCAGGAGGUGAACUGCCUGACGGAUUUCCUGGGGGAAUGUGAGGAACAACUGCAGGCUUUGAAGAAGCUUAAAAAGAGCGAGAGAGGCCUUCUCUAUGGGAUCCCCAUAAGCCUCAAGGACCCCUUUGACUGCAUGGGCCAUGACUCCACGUGUGGCAUAGCCCAGUUCCUGGAGAAGCCUGCAACCAAGGAUGGGGUCAUCGUGAAAGUGUUCAAGGCCCAAGGAGCUAUUCCCUUUGUUAAGACCAACAUCCCACAGACACUGCUCAGCUGGGAUUGCAGCAACCCUAUCUAUGGCCAGACCCUGAACCCUUUGAAUUUAAAGAAGACAUCUGGAGGCUCCUCAGGGGGUGAGGGAGCUCUGCUGGCAGAAAGGGGUUCCAUCCUGGGCAUGGGCACAGACACAGGUGGCAGCAUCCGCAUACCAGCCAGCUUUUGUGGUGUCUAUGGCCUUCGGACCACGGGAUACCGCCUCAGUUACUCUGGAGUCGCCACUGCCAUCAAGGGGAAGAAAUCAGUAACGACAGUGGCUGGUCCCCUGGCCAGGGACGUGGAGAGUCUGGCUUUGUGCCUGCGAGCCCUGCUGAGUGAAGACAUGCACUGGCUGGACCCCACUGUGCCCCCCAUACCCUUCAGGGAAGAGGUGUACUCCAGUAACCGGCCCCUUCGAAUCGGCUACUAUGAAUCAGAUGGCUACACCCAGCCAUCCCCUAGCAUGGCCAGGGCUGUGCAGCUUACCUGCAGGCUACUUCAGGAUGCAGGACACCAGGUCAUCCCCUUCUCCAUCCCCCAUAUAGAGUACGCCUUCGAACACCUGUACACUGGGGGUCUGUUUGCUGAUGGAGGGGCCACCCUUCUGCAGAAGCUAGAGGGGGACAUUGUGGAUCCCAGCAUAAAGGGUUUAGUCAACCAGCUCCGCCUGCCAGAUCUACUCAAGUGUUUCUUGGCCUGGAUCCUGAAGUACACAGAUCCCCGAGCUGGCCAGAGUUUUGAAGAGGUUCGUGGAGUGGGGACACCCAAGAGACUAUGGGAGCAGCAGGCAGCUGUGGAGGUGAUGCGUGCCUGGGAAGACCUCAAGGGGCUGCUGGAACUGGGGCAGCAGAGACCUGGGUGCACCUGUCCUUGUCUGGCAAACAAUGACUACUGGUGGUCCUACCCCUUUCAACCCUUACUGUCCCUGCAGGAAUAUCAGCAAGAAUUCAUAGCCAAGUGGAGGUCCCUGGACCUGGAUGUGCUGCUGGCGCCAUCUCUGGACCCUGCUUUCUGUAUAGGCUAUCCUGCCUUGGCACCAGAAAGUGCCUCCUACAUGGGCCUGUACAACCUCCUGAACUUCCCCGUGGGCGUAGUGCCCGUCACCACCGUGACCCUCCAGGAUGAGGAGGAACUGGCCUUCUACAAGGGAUACUAUGGAGAUAGUUCUGACAAAAAUUUCAAGGAGGGGGCGAGAGGGUCUGUGGGACUGCCAGUGGCUGUGCAGUGCAUCGCUUUGCCAUGGGAAGAGGAGCUGUGUCUCCGAUUGAUGAAGGAGGUGGAUACAUUGGUCAAGAACCAGAAGGCACCCAACUGACAGGCCUCUUCUUCUCCUGGAGGGCUUUCUAGACCCUCACCCAGGUCUGGCCCUGGUGCCUCUUCCUUCUCAUAAAUACCAUGUCUGCCUCAUGUCUCAUCCUGUAGGGACCCCAGUGUUCCUAUCAUUUGUGGCCCCCCUGUGUAAGUGCUCAAUACAUGGACUCCCCAGAUCGGCCUAAGAUGGGGAGCAGGGGAAGGGGCUCAAUAAACAUUUUCUGGCUGGCCA